AUGGGGCUGCUGGCUGGGGAUGGACUGUGGUCUGUGGCCUUAUUCACAGCUGUCUUCCUGUUUCUGGUGGACUUGAUGUACCGGCGCCAGCGCUGGACUGCCCGCUACCCCCCAGGCCCUGUGCCAAUGCCAGUGCUUGGCAACCUGCUGCAUGUGGACUUCCGGAACAUGCCAUACAGCUUGCACAAGCUUCAACAACGCUAUGGUGACGUGUUCAGCCUGCAGAUGGCCUGGAAGCCAAUGGUUGUGAUCAAUGGACUGAAGGCGGUUCGGGAAGUGCUGGUGAACUGUGGAGAGGACACCGCUGACCGACCCCCAAUACCCAUCUUUCAACACCUGGGUUUGAAGCCCAGAUCCCAAGGUAUUGUCUUUGCCCCUUAUGGGCCCGAGUGGCGAGAACAGCGAAGAUUCUCUGUGUCCACCCUGCGCAACUUCGGCCUGGGCAAGAAAUCCCUGGAGCAGUGGGUGACAGAGGAGGCUGGCCACCUCUGUGACGCCUUUGCCGGCCAGGCUGGGCGGCCCUUCAAUCCCAGAACCAUGCUGAACAAAGCUACAUGCAAUGUGAUCUCGUCUCUCAUUUUUGCUCAUCGCUUUGAGUAUGAAGACCCUUACCUCACCAGGAUGCUGAAACUACUGGAAAAAGCUUUGGCAGACGUCUCUGGCUUCUUUCCUGAGGUUCUUAAUGCGUUCCCGAUCCUCCUGCGCAUCCCAGGACUGGCUGACAAGGCCUUAGAAGGUAAUAGGAACUUCAUGGCUAUGGUGGAGAACCUGUUGACUGAGCACAGGAGGACCCGGGACCCUGAACAGCCACCCCGAGACCUGACUGAUACCUUCCUGGCAGAGGUGGAGAAGGCCAAGGGGAAUCCUGAGAGCAGCUUCAAUGAUGAGAAUCUGCGCGCGGUGGUGGCUGACCUGUUUGCUGCAGGGAUGGUGACCACCUCAACCACACUAUCCUGGGCCCUGCUGCUCAUGAUCCUGUACCCAGAUGUGCAGAGCCGCGUGCAACAGGAGAUUGAUGAAGUCAUAGGACAGGCCAGAAGGCCAGAGAUGGCAGACCAGGCACGCAUGCCCUACACCAAUGCUGUCAUUCACGAGGUGCAGCGCUUUGGGGACAUCUCCCCGUUGAAUUUGCCACGUAUCACAUCUCGUGACAUUGAAGUCCAGGGCUUCCUCAUCCCCAAGGGAACGACCCUCAUCACCAACCUGUCCUCCGUGCUGAAGGAUGAGACUGUCUGGGAGAAGCCCCUCCAGUUCCAUCCUGAACACUUCCUGGAUGCCCAGGGCCACUUUGUGAAGCAUGAGGCCUUCAUGCCAUUCUCAGCAGGCCGCAGAGUAUGCCUGGGGGAGCCUCUGGCCCGCAUGGAGCUCUUCCUCUUCUUCACCUGCCUCCUGCAGCGCUUUAGCUUCUUGGUGCCUGAUGGACAGCCCCGGCCCAGCGACCGCGGGGUCUUUGCAGUGCCAGUUGCUCCCUCCCCCUACCAGCUCUGUGCUGUGAUUAGUGCCAGCAGGCACACGAAUUCCAGUCCUGCUCUAGUGGAUCCUGCCGAGAGCUCUUCUUCUUCAGAGCUUCUCCUCUGGUUCCUGCUGGGCUCCCGACACCUCUUGCCUCUCCGGGCUGGGCUUCAGAACACACCGGUAAAGGCGGAGCUUUCAGAGGCUGCCCCUCUGCUGCAGGAGAGGUGCGAGGCGGGCCCCCACCCCAGCCCCUGA